AUGAAGAAAAUUCCUCUAUCAGAAAAAACAGGCCAGAAGAAAAGACCAGUUAAAAGAAAGAAAAUUAUUCUGGAUGGGAAAUGGAAAUGCCCCAAGGUCCAUCCUGAUUUCCUUGAUAAAAAUAUAAAGACUACCAAAUUUGUAGACUUGAAUGCAACUGAAUUGUAUAAGUGCAGAGUCAACCUUGAUAGGGCAUUCGAUCAAGGAAUUCCGAAUCUACACAACAGACAUUUUAAUAGCAUUACCCCUUCUAAGGGAGAUUUUGGAGAACCUCCUGACAAAUUAUUCUCUAAAUUUGGCUUUAAAAAGGCAAUAAGGAGAAGAAAGGAGAACCUUAAUUACACUCAGGACCAGAUAAACAUUGAUACUGAAAAUUAUAAUAACAGAAGAAAGCGCUAUGAGCAAUCGAUGCCUCCAAUCUGGAAAUCAUCCUCUACUUCAGGUGAAGAGUUUAGUAAGUACAAACUGGAUCAGAGAAGACUUAUCAGAAAGACCUUUCAGCAUGAGAAAUAUAAUAUAAUACUCAAAAAUCUUCUAAAAGGAACCAAGUCUGGUUCUAUGAGUUUGAAACUUUAACGAUGUUUCAAUGAGAAUAAAAA